ACCUCGAGUCUAGGAGUAUAAAAUAUCCACAGCCUCUUUCCCAUAAUUAAUUGUGCAAGGGACCAUGUGUGGAAAACGACAGUGAAAUUAAUAUUUGAAGACGUUCUCUUUCUGAAUGGGUUAUGGCCUCCUGUCCUGUAGGGGCAACCUGCCCACGUGCUGGUCCAGUUGGCAGCUGCAAUGGUGCGAAACUUCAAAGCACAAAGCCCUACCACCUUCCAGGAGCGGAUAAUGUAGAACAUGGCUUCCUCUGUGUGGGGUCAACUGUGGAUUUGGUCAGUGGUUCUGACUGCUAUGAAGUGGAUCCUCAUUACUCAAAACCAUGGGCAUCCCAGAGACUACCCAAAGUUCAAGAGCCAAGAAAAGAAGAGACAGGGAAAGCGAAGUCUUUGUUCAUCUCUGUAAUGAAAGUCCCUCUGCUGUUCCUCUUCCUCUAUAUGUUCGUCUGCUCCCUGGAUAUUCUGAGCUCGGCUUUCCAGUUGGCAGGGGGUAAAGUUGCAGGAGACAUCUUCAAGGAUAAUGUCAUUCUCUCUAACCCAGUAGCAGGACUAGUGGUGGGCAUUCUUGUAACAGUCCUUGUUCAGAGCUCCAGCACCUCCACAUCCAUCAUCGUCAGCAUGGUGUCUUCUGGUUUGCUUGAAGUGAGGUCUGCCAUUCCUAUUAUUAUGGGGUCAAACAUAGGAACAUCGGUCACCAACACCAUUGUUGCACUAAUGCAAGCUGGGGAGAGGAAUGAAUUCAAGAGGGCAUUUGCUGGUGCCACAGUUCAUGACUGUUUUAACUGGCUGUCAGUUCUGGUGUUGCUACCCCUGGAGGUGAUCAGUGGCCUCUUGAAUCGCCUCAGUAAAAUGGUGGUGAAGAGUUUUCAAAUCCAAAGUGGAAAAGACGCUCCAGAUAUCCUGAAAAUCAUUACUGAACCAUUCACAAAACUUAUCAUUCAGCUGGAUAAAUCUGUAAUCACAGGCAUUGCCACAGGAGAUGAGAGUCUCAGAAAUAAGAGUCUGGUGAAGGUGUGGUGCAAGACCAGCCAUGCUGUGUCCUUUGUGAAUGUGUCUGUGAACAGUCCAGUCAACUGCACUUCCACCCAUCAUUGUGGGAAUAAAGGAAAUACAACCUGGACCACUGUGAACCAGACAAUGGAAGUCAAUAUCCAUAAAUGUAAUCACCUGUUUGUCAACUCUUCCAUUCCAGACCUGGUUAUUGGGCUUAUCCUCUUGGCAGCUUCCUUAGUAGUUCUGUGUACAUGUCUGGUGCUUCUUGUGAAACUGCUUAACUCAGUCCUGAAGGGACACGUUGCAAAAGUUAUUCAGAAAAUCAUCAACACAGAUUUUCCGUAUCCAUUUGGGUGGCUGACAGGAUACCUAGCAAUGGUUGUAGGGGCAGGGAUGACUUUUGUAGUUCAGAGCAGUUCUGUGUUCACUUCUGCAAUCACUCCCCUGAUUGGCAUUGGUGUUAUCAGCAUAGAACGUGCCUAUCCCCUCACACUUGGCUCCAAUAUUGGCACCACAACCACUGCAAUUCUCGCAGCUCUGGCCAGCCCUGGGGACAAACUAGCAGCUGCAUUUCAGAUUGCCCUCUGCCAUUUCUUCUUCAACAUCUUUGGUAUAAUCCUGUGGUACCCCAUCCCAAUCACACGGUUACCUAUCCGUAUGGCCAAGACGCUGGGGGAGCGCACUGCCAAGUACCGCUGGUUUGCUGUGCUCUAUCUCAUCAUCUGCUUCCUCCUCUUGCCUUCCCUUGUCUUUGGGCUCUCCAUGGCUGGUUGGCAGAUCAUGGUGGGCGUGGGUGCGCCUUUUGUGGGAAUCAUGCUGUUCAUCUUCAUCAUCAAUUUCCUUCAGUCCAGGAGCCCCCAUCACUUGCCAAAGAAGCUCCAGAGCUGGGACUUUCUCCCAGGAUGGAUGCAUUCAUUGAAACCCAUGGAUGCUUUCAUCACCAAUGCCACCCUGUGCUGCACUGUCCACUGCAGCACCAAGAACAGUGAUGUUCAGGGUCAGCCUGUUUUCUCUGACAGCUUUGCAGAGAAAAAAGCCAAAAUGGCCUAUGAAAAUCCAGCUAUUACCUACAUAGAUGAGACCCCACUGGACACCCCUAUUGUCAAACUUCGUGGUCUGGAAAGGUGCAGUAGUACCCCACUGUAGUACAUAAGAAUAUGUUGUUGAAAAAGAACAGAAAUACAUGAUAAAAGAAUAUUUGUAUUUUAGAUGCCUCUACAGGGAGCAUGGAUAACUGCAGAUCAGCAGCCUUUAUAGCCAAGCAAUUCUUCUUCAAAAUAGCUGUAUGGUUGAUGAAAUUUGAGAAAGAUUCUAUAUUAUAUUUUUAUAAAAGAAAAGUACAUGUAAAAUGAAAACACAGUAUUUUAUAUAAGCAUGGUGUCAGUGCACAAAUAAUAUCUAUAGAGCUUACAAAAACACCUCAAAAGUUAAUGGAAACUUGUGGUUGUGGUUCAAUAUGCAUAAAUUCCUCUUUCAUGUACAGUAGAUGCUGCAGAACAGUACUGGCCAUGAGCAAUUGCAAAGAUUUCUGAUUAAAUGGUCCAGGCAAUGCUCUUUUAGCUUUCAGAGCAUCCACUGUUUUGCACGUUAUACAUGCUCUUAGCUGCUUGUCAGCUUCUGUAAAAAUUUGCACUUUGCACAUUAAGAUGUAUUGUAACAUUUAAAACAUUGAAGUGUUGGCACUUUUAGGUGUUAAAUUCCAGCAUCUGACAACUGUAACAAUUCAAUGACACAGAUACGUGUUAAGACUUUUUCUGCUUUCGCACCUUCUAUUCUUUAAUCUAAGAGCAAAACAUACCCUCAAAUAUAUUCAAUUAACUUUGCCAUGGCAUUGUGGAAGAAAAUACCAUGUGCAAUAUGUCUAACUGUACAGUUUUUUUCUGGGGAGUAUAAGAAAAAUUAACAACAUUUUGCUUGCACUCUUUCUCUCAAUAAUAUCUUAGAAUAUAAUGGAAAAUUAACAAUGAACCACUAAUAAACAUGUCUGCACACUCAUCCAGUACUAUACUGUUUAUCUUUUGUUUAACGCAGGUAAAAUAAUAAGAGAAACCUCAGAGCAGAGAUGUCGGCCUUAAGCAAUCAUGUAAUUAACUUUCAGUUUAGUGCUAAUAUAGCUUUAGUUAAUAUGUUUUAUGGAUUAUCCAGAGGCUUUGAAUAGCAUUCUAAUUAUAAUGCUUAACCUGUUUAGAGGAAUAAGAACAAAAUACUACACUGAAGAUACUUCAAAAUAGAUCAUACCCAUUUUAUAAACAAUAACUCAAUACUUUGUGUGAUGUGCAGAAUUCUAUAGAAGAAAAAAGGAAUGUUAGAUAUUAUUGAAAAACAUUCUUGCCUGACAGACUUUCAUAAAGAACAAUAAAUAAAAAUAAGAUCUUUAUGUUG